AUGAACCUAUCUCGUCCGUUCAUCCCACGUCUCAUUCCGGCCAUAUCCUACUCAACAUCUGUUCAGCCGAUCUGGUCUAACCCACAUGAACCCGUACCUUUGAUCGCACGAGCCCCGAGACUUUCUAUAGUCCAAGGCCCCAUCAACCCUCCACUUUGGAACAGAACCCUGGGAAAUCUGGUCAAAGAGCAAGCUGAGCAGCGCGGUAAAAGAACUGCGAUUGUUAUACCAUGGCAAAGCAGAAGACUCACAUAUGAGGACCUUGAGUAUCGCAGCUCUAUUGCCGCUAAAGCCCUUCUAAAAGCAGGCUUGAAGCAGGGCGAUGCAGUUGGAAUAUUUGCCGGCAAUCGCUUUGAGUACAUCGAGCUAUUUUUGGCAUCUGCUAGAAUUGGUUGUCCCUUUGUGGUGUUCAACACGACAAACUCACCUCAUGAGCUUUGCUCUGCCGUGGCUCGUAGCGAUUGUAAGGCGUUGUUUAUUGCGUCGUCCAUUGGAUCGAUAAAGGCGGACGAUCAUGUUUACCAAGUUGCUACGACAACAGACGUAGGCGCAACUCUGGAGCAGCUUAUUCUGUUUGAUAGAUCUCCAUCACAGGAACUGUUUAACUGUCAUAGAUAUGAAGACUUCCUGAAUGAAGGCACUGACGGAACUAUAACGGAAGAACAACUUGAGCGAGCCGAGACUCGUGUUCAACCUGCUGACGUCUUGAACAUGCAAUUUACCUCUGGUACUACUGGCCUUCCGAAAGUCUCCAUGCUCACACACAACAACUUGCUCAACGAUGGUAGAUACGUGGGGCAUGCCAUGAGACUCACCCAAGACGACGUUGUAUGCUGUCCGCCCCCUCUAUUCCACUGCUUCGGUCUAGUCAUGGGAUUCCUCGCCUCCUUCACCCAUGGUAGUACUAUCGUGUUUCCAUCCGACAGAUUCAACGCGAAGCAAACUCUGGAUGCAGUUGAGGCAGAGAAGGCUACUGCACUACUCGGUGUGCCCACAAUGUUCAUAUCAGAGCUGGAACAGAUGGAAUCACAGCCUCAGAAAAUCACAACAGUGCGUACUGGUCUCGUUGCUGGCUCGCCUGUGUCGCCUAGUUUGAUGGAUGAACUGAGAGCCAAGAUGAAUGUCCAGGGCAUGCUUAUCGCAUAUGGAAUGACUGAAACAAGUCCUGUAACAUUCAUAACUUCCCUAGACGAUCCUGAUGACAGGAUGCUAACCAGUCUUGGUCGCGUUCUUCCCCGUACCGCAGCUAAGAUAGUCGACACGAAGGGACACAUAGUUCCCAUCGGCGAGCGUGGAGAAAUCUGCACUAGUGGGUUUGCCUUGCAAAAAGGAUACUACAAAGACGAGGUCAAGACACAGGAAGCAAUGAGAUAUGAUGAGGAUGGCGUGCUGUGGAUGCAUACCGGUGACGAGGGAUACUUGGACGAACAAGGUUACGGUUUCAUCACUGGCCGUAUCAAAGACCUGAUCAUUCGCGGCGGUGAGAAUCUGUCUCCCAGCGAGAUUGAGAACCAGCUUCUACGUCAUCCCGCAGUCCGAGAGGCAUGCGUGGUGGCAGUCAAGGAUAAGAUCCACGGUGAAGUAGUCGCAGCCUUUUUACAGGCUUGCUCACAAGAGAAGAAGCCAUCAGAUGAAGAUAUCAGGGUUUGGGUUUUACAGGAUCUGAGCCCAGUCAAGGUGCCGGCAUUCAUCUUUUGGCUUGGCCACGAUGGCGUGGAUGCUGAGUUACCCAAGACGGGAAGUGGAAAGUAUCAGAAGCAUAUCAUUCGCGGUAUUGCAAAUCGGCUAGCAGGAAGGAGAGGCACGCCAGAGGAUUGA